CCUAACUUCAAGUGACAAUACCUGAUUCACAACGGUAAAAUGUUUGCACUGUGGUGCUGUCUUCUAAUCAACCUAAGGUUGACCUACACUCUCAUAGAUAUUCCAGAUGGAGCCUCAGAUGCUCUGUAUCAGACUGUUGAAGCAAUUCAAGGUGGUAUAGCUGAGCUGCCCUGUUCGUUAGAGGACAAGGAGGACGGAGACAGUGUUUAUCUUGUCCUCUGGUAUAGAAGGGAGGACAGGACACCAAUCUACAGUUAUGAUAGCAGAUCGCCUCGUGUUGGCGGAUUACCUGAUUUAUGGUCGGAACCAUCUGUAUUUGGAGAAAGAGGAACCUUCCAUCCUCAUCUAGUUGGAACUCCAGCUGUACUCAGUGUAAAGAAUAUCAGCAAAACAUUUGAUGAAGGAGAUUACACCUGCAGAGUUGAUUUCAGGCAGAGUCCUACAAAAUAUCACAGGGUCAGAUUAAGAGUCAUAGUUCCUCCCGGACAACCUGUUCUUACCAACACGAAUGGGGAUCCAAUAAACGACAUGGUUGGACCCUUUAGAGAGGGAGAUACCAUAACUUUAGAGUGUACUGUAAAGGGAGGUAUUCCAGCCCCUAGAGUACACUGGUAUAGAGAUAACAUACUUCUAGAUGAUUCAGAUCAAGUUGCACAGGGAAAAAGUAUGAGAAACAGCCUUACUAUACUUCAUUUCCAUAGGGAACAUCUUAAUUCAAGAUUUCGUUGCAUUUGCUUCAACAACAAUCUGACAGUACCAAGUGAAGCUUCAACUAGAAUUAAUAUGAUUUUUCCCCCAUUGGGUGUUCGCAUUAGCUCCGAGAUCAGUCCCUUUUCGGUUGGAAAACAGUAUAUUAUUAGAUGUAUAUCCUGGGGCUCCAACCCUCCGGCUCACCUGGAAUUAAACUGGAAAACUGGUCUCAAAGUUCCUCCUGGACCCGGAGCAGAACGAGGAGUUCUUAAACCCUUGAAUAUAACCAGGGAAUGGAAUUCUACGAAAGCGACUGUUAUUUACAGGCCCGUUCUGACGGAUUCGGGAAGUGAGCUGGCCUGUACAGCGGUGAACUCUGAGGUGAAACCAACGGCACUGAUUCAGGACUCUAUCAGACUUCAAGUAUAUUAUCCACCAACAGUUCGGCUUGAGAUUGGUAAAGCCAUAAACCUGGAAGAUCUAGAGGAGGGGGAUGAUGUUUACUUUGAAUGCUCUGUAGAGGCCAACCCACCUCCAUAUAAAGUGACCUGGCUCCAUAAUGAUGUUGAAAUAUUGCCUCGUGGUUCAGGAAAUGUUAUCAUGUCAAACCAUAGUUUAGUUCUUCAGAAGGUCCAACGUGAACAAGGAGGAGAGUAUAGAUGCCAUGCUAGUAAUGUUGAAGGAGAUGGACACAGUGAACCUAUUCAGCUUAAUGUUAUGUAUGCCCCUGUUUGUAAGGACCGAAAGGACAGAGUGUAUGGAGUGUCUGAAAAUGAAACUUUAUUAGUUGAAUGUUUGGUGGAUGCGUAUCCUUCUGCUGUUUCUUUUUCUUGGUUCUUCAACAAUUCUUUGACUUCAACUCUUCUUAACAAGGAUCUUUUUAGCUCAUCCCCAGGACACAGUGUUCUAAGUUACACCCCGCACUCCCAUAUGGAUUUUGGUUCUCUGCUGUGCUGGGCUGACAAUAUGGUUGGAAACCAGAAGCAUACUAGACCAUGUAUCUUUCAUAUCAUACCAACAGGUCCUCCUGAGAGUCCUGGUGAGUGCCGAAGUAUUAAUCAGACAGAAACCCAGAUCAUGGUUCAAUGUAGAUUAGGAUACUCAGGGGGCUUACCUCAACAUAUACAUCUAGAGAUAUAUUCAAGCUCAGGAUAUAUUCUAGCAAACAUGUCAGGUAUCUAGAGAUAUAUUCAAUAUAUCAGGAUAUAUUCUAG